AUGGAUGGUUCCAAUGGGUUAACUUGUGUUACAUGCAGAGUGGUUUUCGAGAAUCCCGAAUUGCAAAGAGAACAUUAUAAAUCUGAAUGGCAUCGAUAUAAUUUGAAAAGAUUGGUAAGUGGAUUUUAUUGGAGCCACGAAAAUAUACGUUUCAAAAGUAAUAGAAAUUUUUCUUUUAUUUUUGGGGUGAUUCGUGUUUUUCGGAAAAUAAAAUAAAAUUCCCAAAAUUUCACUGUUUCAAAAAUUGCAAAAAUUAAAAAUCUCAACCGAUGUUUUGAUUGUCUUAUUCAUUGAACUCAAUGUAAAGUUUUAUUGAGAAUAUCCUAUUUUCAGACAGCUGAUCUUUCUGCAAUUCCUCUCGAAUUAUUCACCGAAAAAGUUGCGAAUUUUCAAAACUCGACAACACAAAAAUCUACAGUACCCCAAGUGCCAGCAAGUACGCUCUACUGCAAACCAUGCAAAAAACAAAUCAAAUCCGAAAAUGCGAUGACAGAUCAUUUGGCAAGCAAAAAACACAAAGAAAUGGUCAAAAGUUUGGAAAAUGGAGAGAAAAAAGGGCCGAAACAACCAAGGAAAAAAGUGGAGAAAGUUGAAGUGGAACUGAAAGAAGCGGAAGCAGCAACAGAAGAGGAAGAAGAUUCAGAUUCGGAUAGUUCUGGAUGGGAAACUGAUGAAGAUCAAGAUCAAGAAGAUUUGGAAUUGAAUGAAGAAGAAGCUUUGCCGGUCACAAGUUGUUUGUUCUGUCCACAGACAAAGAAUAAAUUAGAAGAAAUCAGAGAACAUAUGAGAUUUCAUCAUGGAUUUGUGUUGCCCGAUGAGAAAUAUUUGAUUGAUGAACAAGGAUGUUUGGAGUAUUUGGGUUGGUUUUUGUAGGGAGUGGGAGAGAAAUUACUGUGUUUUUUGAUGGAAAAUUCGAGAAAAAUUCACAUUUUGAGCUCCUACAAAAUAGUAAUAAGAAAAUGCAUAUUUUUUCGCUCAAUUUUCGGUCACUUUUUAUUUCAAAUUGUCAAAAAUAAAAUUGUGUCACAAAAUGUUCGGAAAAUUUGCUAGACAAAUCGACCCACUGAUUUUUCUUCUAGUUUUUCUCGUAAAAUUUAGCAGCCGGAAAUUCUAGAAAAUUUACAAUUACUGGAUUUUUUGAAACAGUGAAAAUUUUUGAAUUUUUGGUUUUUUUUUUCGCCGGAGAAGUUUAAAAAGUUGUUUUGCAAAUUGAAUCAACUCAGUGAGUCAUCGAAAGAAAUUUUCAUUUUCACCAAUUUUCGAAACAGUGAACAUUUUUUAAACAACAUAAAAAUUUAAAAAAAAUGUUCAUUAAAAAAUCUGAAAUUUCGGAUCAUAAAUUUUGAAUUUUUGUUGUCCUAAAACUUUAUUUGCGCAUCAAAAAAUAUAAAAAUUCAGAUUUUUAAUCAAAUGUUGAAACAGUGAAAAGUUUUACGAAACAAAAAAAAUUAUAUUUGUUUUUGUAGGUCUCAAAGUUGGUGCUGGUCGUUGUUGUAUUUAUUGUCCGGAUCGAAAAGCUCGAUUUGCAAAUGUGGAAAGUUGCCAAAAACAUAUGCGAGACAAAGAACAUUGUAAAUUGAGAAGAGAUCCGAAUAGUAUGAUUGAAUUGGAUGAUUUUUAUGAUUAUAGGUGAGGAAAUUGGGGAGAAAGGUUUGAAAAUGUGAAUUAACAACGUUUUUUUCCCCAAAAAAUUUUCUGCGAAAUCACAUGAAAAUUUGUGAUCCAACAUUUAUGAAAAUUUUGAAACAAUGAUUUUUUUUUGAUUUUUUGGUUUCAAUUUUUUCAUCAAAUAUCCGGAUUUUUUCUGAAUCGUGCAAUGCAAUUUUCCAACAAAAAAUGAAAUUUCAGUUCAAUGUACGAAAACGACGAAAUGAAUGAUCAAAUAAUCGAUGAUGGUUGGUCUUUGACACUUCCAUCUGGUGCAACUCUAGGACAUCGACAUCUUUUCCGAUAUUUCAAACAAUAUUUGAGACCAGUUGAUGGAACACAAAGGAUAUUAUCGAAAGCUGCAUUGGAGAAAGCAAGAGGAAUUUAUCCACAAUUGGCAUGGACUGGAACUACUGGAGGUGGAGGUAGGAUUGAUUUUUGAGGGAAGGGGGAGAGCAGGGUUGAUUUACUUCAAAUUUUCGAAUUUCUAAAAAAAAAUUUAACAUCUAAAAAGUAUGAAUAAAGAUUGAGUACUUGACCUCUUUUUUUCAAUCGGAAAAUUUCAACAAACUAUAUUUUAACUAUUUUUAAAAAUUAAAAUGAACUAUUUCCAACCUUUAUUUCUUUCCUAAAAUCCCCUAUUUUUGCAGUGAUCCAAGCUCGAAAAGUCGCUCGUGACAUGAAAUUCGUCGAAAGAUUCCGUCGUCGUUUCGAUCUUCGCGUCGCUUGCAAAUCCAACAAAUUGUUCAAAACUCGUGGAUUUGUUGGAGAUAAUCAUUAA